AAUUUGGAUAAAAAUAGUUUACUUUGAAAAAUAUACGAUGAGGAUACCAUGUGCGAUAUCAAAUUAUUCAUCAUCAAAACCUCGCGUCGAGUGCCGGCCAGUGGGAAAGGAAGUUCCGCAUUACAUCACAAGAGUUAAACCGAACCACACGUUUUAAGUACGGUUCAGCAAUGGCAUCAUUGGCUGUGUUUGAUUUUGACCGCACCGUGGUGCAUGAAGAUUCUGACGCGACGAUAAUAGAGAGGCUGCGUCGGAAACAGCCAGAGUGGGAGUCCGAUAAUCAAGACUGGACGCCUUACAUGAGUGACGUAGAAACAGUAUCUAGUUCAGCAGUGAGUGUGUUCGAGCAUGCCUACUCUGCUGGAUUCCAUCCAUCGGACAUUCUGGAUAGCAUUGCGUCGAUGCGACCUAAUCCAGGAAUGGUGGAACUAAUUACAACUUUAGCCAAAAAAGGUUGGAAGGUGAUUCUCCUCACAGACGCUAACAGUGUGUUUGUAAAUCACUGGCUCAAAACUCAUGAUCUUGAGAACGCCAUAACAACUGUAAUUACCAACAGAGCUUUUUGGCAAAACGGCAGGUUGUACAUAGAGCCGUGCAUGCGGCAAAAUGUUUGUCCCAAGUGUCCAUCGAACCUUUGUAAGUCUUUGGCGCUCGAGAAGUGGUGCGGCCAGAAGAAAUACGACAACAUCAUAUACUGUGGGGAUGGAAGAAAUGAUUUCUGCCCUGCGGUCAAUUUGCCGGAAAAUGCAGUCAUUUUCCCAAGAAAAGGUUACACCAUGGACAACCUGAUCAAAAAGGAUGCAGCUAGUCCAAAUCCACAGAUGAAAGCAAAGGUCGUCCCAUGGGUUGACGGAUUCAGAAUAUUACAAGAAGUUUUUCCAGAGAAUUCGAAAUUGAUAUGUUGAAUUCUGUACUACUUAGCCACAAAUUGUAUUAGAU